CGACAGCGAUGGCGGCAGCACGACCGACGACGGCCCUACGGUACCUCAACCAGGCCCAAGCGCAGCGCAUCGACGAAGAGCUCAUGUCGACGUACGCCUUCUCGAUCGACCAGCUCAUGGAGCUCGCGGGUCUCAGCGUCGCAGCCGUUGUCGAGCACGAGUUCCAGCACACCCGCGAGACGCCGAUGCUCGUCGUCGCUGGUCCUGGCAACAACGGAGGCGAUGCCUUGGUUGCGGCUCGCCACCUCAAGCACUUUGGUUUUGCGCCCGAAAUUUUGUACCCUAAAGUGCCCAGGAACCCGCUCUACGAGCGUUUGGUCACGCAGUGCGAAGACCUCGAUAUUCCGUUUCUGCGAGAUCUCUCCAAGGAGACCAUUGACGCGCGUUAUAUGUGCAUCCUCGACGGCAUCUUCGGCUUUAGCUUCCAGGGCGAGAUACGCGCGCCAUUCGAUGACGUGAUCACAACGCUCCGAUCGACGACAAGACCGAUCGUGUCGAUCGACAUUCCGUCGGGCUGGGACGUCGAGCAAGGCAACGUCUCGGGCCGCGGCUUGAUGCCUUCCGUGCUCAUAUCCCUCACAGCACCCAAGCUCUGCGCGCAGCUUCUGUCGCCUUCCAACACAACCCACUACGUUGGCGGCCGCUUCGUGCCACGAGCUCUUGCCGAAAAGUCCUGCUCUCGAUGCCAAAGUACGUUGGUGCCCAGCAGUUUGCCUGCUGGCAGCCACAAGUCCAGGAUGUUGAGCCUAGUACCGUUGCGCGUGCAUGAGAAACCAGGUCACAAUCGUCGUUGGCGUAUCGUUCUAGAUGUGGCUUCCUGUACACGUCUCCGAGAGUCGUCAUAGAAUUCACAGAUUAUGCAGAGACAUUGCUACGCG